AUCGUAUGCAAAAGUCAAAUUAAAAACAGUUUUCUAAAAAAUCAAAAUUAAAAGUUUGGAUAUGGGGUAAAUACAUAUAAUAAUGAGCAAUGAUACAGAAGUUACCGAAGUUAGUAAUAAUUCACAAUUACGCAAAUUUUCAUCGCUGAAAGUUAUAAUGGCUGGAGCAAUUUCCGGGAUACUUUCAGCCGUUCUUCUGCAACCGUUUAAUGUAAUGAAAACGCGUUUGCAAAAUCCUCAAAUUUCUUUAAAAGACAACAAGCAGAAUCGCCACCGAUUAAUCAAACUUCUUUUGCACAUACGAAAGCACGAGCAUAUUUCAGUUUUAUGGGCUGGAACUGCACCCACUGUUAUGAGAAGUAUUCCCGGUAGUGGCAUAUAUUUUUACAUAUAUGAUAACAUCAAGGUGAAUUUCUUUUCAACACGUUCCCCAAGUAAUGCGGAAUCUUUAGCGAUAGGCAUGCUGACGCGUGCUCUUACGGAUAUUUGUGUUAUACCUUUAACAGUAAUCAAAACUAGAGCUGAAAGCGGCGUUUACAAAUACAGCGGUGUGUUAACAGCAAUUAAAAAUAUUUACAAAAAUGAGGGGCUGAAAGGAUUGAAAUCUGGCCUGCUGCCGGUCCUUCUAAGGGAUUGUCCGAUGUCUGGAAUGUACGUAAUGUUUUAUAAUCAAACGCAAAAAUUAGUAUUGCAAGAUGUUAAUCAGCAGCAACCGUUCUACGUGAAUUCGGGCUGUGCCGCCUUUUCGGGAGUCCUGGCGACGAUAAUGACGCAUCCACUGGACGUGCUCAAGACGCAAAUGCAGUUGUUCCCGAAUAAAUAUUCUGGCAUCAAAUCCGCGAUCACCUACAUUUAUCUGAAGCAUGGGAUGCGAGGAUAUAUUCAGGGGAUCGUUCCGAGAUUGUUGAAGAGGGCAGUUUUCGCGGCGAUAUCUUGGCCUCUCUACGAAAAAGUGUCCAUGAAUAAUAACAUUUCAUCGUUAACGUAAUUUAGUUAGUUAAUUUAUACUAUGGUUUAAAAUAAUAA